UUCAUUACUAGUCGAUCAUUAUAUACCAUUCGAUAGCGCUUUUCAAGGACUACAUUUACUACUGUUCGAAUUCAAAAAAGCUCACUUGUCGAUUUUUGCUCAAAUUUCCGCCUGAAUGCCCACUGUGCACCCAGGAUGAAUCACCUGGGCGUUCUCAAUCAAGUGCAGGAAGGGAAGAAAAUUUGUAAAUACUAAUACUAUAAGUGUUUUUGAUUCACCCGAACCAACAAUACUUAUAACUGUGACUCAUCUGUGACUUUUACCUCUCUCGCGACAUGAUAAAGUGUCGCAGCGCGUCCCCUGUGCAAAGCCUAUUUAUUGUUUUGUUUUGCUUACGCCCCCGGUAUAUAACUCUUACUGACUUUUUCAAAAAUUUUCAAAAUCUUAUCACAUCUUAAUAAUAGCUUACGACAUGACUAAUAAAGUCUUGCGUAGUCGCGUUGUGCGUACGCCAUUCGUCUGCGUUCUUGGUAAAAAUAGCGUGGCUCAUUUCAAAAUUUUGAAAAUUUGAAAAACAUUUUUCUGCAAUUGACACUAUGAUUAGUAGAUCAAAAUCGAGGUCAGCUUUCCGCUAACGACAAUAACCGACGGCUGUAACAUGCCCAAUUCCAUUGUUUACAUGGAAUCGUAUCACGGCCGGUUUAUGUCUGCAGUAUUUUGACGUAAUGCAACGUUUACGAUCGUUUACUGGCUGUGUGAACUCACUAGAGUUUUCAAAAUUUUGCUCUACUCUGAAUGACAGUAAAUGACUACCGUAACUAUGCUGUACUUUCUCGUUUACACGAGACCGUAUUACGGUCCGUUUACAGCAGCCGUAUUUUGACAUAAUUUAACGUUUUCGACCGCUUACCACCCAUGAUGAAUCACCUGGGCGCGUCUCCAUCAAGUGCAGGAAAGGGAAAAAGAUUUGCAAAUACUAAUACUAUAAUUCUUUUUGAUUCACCCGAAUCAACUAUACUUAUAACUGUGACUCAACUGUGACUUAUACCUGUAACACUGUACAAUGUAAUAUCGACAAAAUAAAAAGAUAUAAUGGAUUCGCCUAUUUCUGCUUGUUGUGUUCUGUUUCAUUUUCUUUUUGUACACCAUACCAUACUUAUCGAAUAAAGCUUUUAACAACUGUAACUCAGUUGACUAAUUCAUUUAUUAUAGAUAAAACAUAAAUUAAUGAAAAUUUUCGAGAAUUCGUUUUUAGUAUUAUUAAUUUAGUUCUUUUUUCUAAAAUUAUGGCCGAAGAUAAUGGUCAAUAUGAAAAGAAUAGAUCGAUCCAUCCAACGAUAAAACGAUAACAUCACAAAACUAUUGUAGAUGGAUAUAUUUUUAUUUUAUGGACAAAGGCAGCACCGCGCAGUUUUACGAUGUAAACGUUAUUUCAUUCAUUUUAAAUGGAGUAUAAUCUUGUCGGUUGGAUUAUUAUGUACAUUAGCUUUUUAUUACGUGAAAGCGAAUAAUAGUCAAAUUGAUAAAAAUAAAUUUUUUCAAGAGAAUGAUGUGAUUUAUCCACUAUAUUCAUCCACUAAUGAAAAUUCAAAUAUCUUAUAUUAUUUUACUCGAAAAGAUCGAAUGAGGAAGCCGGAAGAGGAUCUUGCAAUAGAUAAGAAACAAAAAACUAUCUUGUUUAAUACCUUUAUAAAUGAACAGAAUGGUAAUUAUAUCAUUCUGGAAUAUACAACUGUUUUUCGCAAACCUAAAUUUUGUUCAAAAAGUCAACUGGAUAUUUUUGGAAAAACUUGUCCGUAUAACAAUUGUUUCUAUACAUGUAAUCAUUCUUUAGCUAAUCAAUCUAAUGUAUUAUUAUUCCAUAAACGUGAUAUUCAAAUUGAUAAAUUACCAACAGUGCGUAAUCCAAAUCAAAUAUGGUUGCUUUGGAAUGAUGAAGCAAAUGAAAAGGCAUUAGAGCUUAAUAAAGUAUUAUUUAAUUGGACAAUAACUUAUCGAUUUAGCGCUGAAGCUUCUCUAAGUGCAUACGGUAUUACACUGUUAAAACCACAACCACUAACAGAUGAUAAAUUCAACAGUUGGAUUAAUUCUAAUUUUAUAAAUAGACGAAAUUUAGCAAUCUGUUGUAGAAUUACAAGAGAAUCUCUAAUGAGAUUGAAAUUAAGUAGAGCAUAG